AUGGCAUCCAUAAGGCUCGCCAACGCCGGCGCGCCCCCGCCAAAUGCUCGCCUCCAGAUCCAGGCGCAGCCCAUCGUCAAGCUCGCAAUCGUCCUCACCACCUCGCUCGCACACCUCAUCGCUCCCGCACUCGCCUUCCCCAUCGGCGGCGCCCACAACGGCGAUGCCACCGCACCCACCCUGGCCGCUCGCGGCCACGGCGGAGGCGGCGGCGGCGACGACGCACCAAAGACCGACAACCCGGUCAAGCUCACUAUCGACAUCCUCACCAUCGCCGCGCUCGUCGUCCUCGGCGGCAUCUUUGCCGGCCUCACGCUCGGCCUCAUGGGCCUCGACAUGGUCAACCUCCAGGUCCUCUCGACCUCGGGCUCGGAAAAGGAGCGCAAGCACGCACUCAAGGUCAUGAAGCUCCUCGAAAAGGGGCGCCACUGGGUCCUCGUCGUCCUCCUCCUCGGCAACGUCAUCGUCAACGAGACCCUCCCCAUCUUCCUCUCCGACUUUGGCGGCGGCGUCGCCGCCGUCCUCAGCUCCACGCUCCUCAUCGUCAUCUUUGGCGAAAUCGUGCCCCAGAGCAUCUGCGCCCGCUACGGCCUCGCCAUCGGCGCAUUCUGCGCGCCCAUGGUCCACGCCACCAUGAUCAUCAUGGCGCCCAUCGCAUGGCCCACGGCCAAGCUCCUCGACUGGUGCCUCGGCGAGGAGCACGGCACGACCUACCGCAAGGCCGAACUCAAGACGUUUGUGUCGCUCCACCAGCAGGUCGGCACCGAGAACCUAAACGAGGACGAGGUGACCAUCAUCCGCGCCGUCCUCGACCUCAACGACAAGACCGUCGAGGACGUCAUGACGCCCAUCGACGACGUCUACAUCAUGUCGAGCGACACGGUCCUCGAUGAGGACGGCGUCGCCAAGCUCGUCCGCUCCGGCUACUCGCGCGUCCCCGUCCACGAGCCGGGCAAGCCCGACGCCAUCGUCGGCAUGCUCCUCGUCAAGAACCUCAUCCAGUACGACCCCGAGGACGCCCAGCCCGUCUCGAGCUUCCACCUGACGCCGCUGCCCGAGGCCAGCCCGGACCUCACGCUGCUCGACUGCCUCAACUACUUCCAGCAGGGCCGCAGCCACAUGAUCCUCGUCUCGAGGCACCCGGGAGAGAGCCGCGGCGCCAUGGGCGUCGUCACGCUCGAGGACGUCAUCGAGGAGAUGAUUGGCGAGGAGAUUGUCGACGAGACCGACGUCUUUGUCGAUGUCCACAACAAGAUCAAGGUGGUGCGCAACCCUCGUCCGCAGGCCGACCAGCAGUCGUGGCAGCCCCUCAUCCGCGGCAUCAUCGAGCGCCGUCGCAAGCUGGGCGGGCCGAUGCGCACGCCGCUGCGCUCGUCGUACGGCACCAUCGGCCGCCCCGAGGGCACCACCACCCCGGCCUCGAGCUCGGCUACCGGCGGCGGCGGCAACAACCACAAUGGCGGAUCCAACAGCAACAGCAACGGCGGCGCCAGCUCGCUGCCCAACCAGGGCAUCGCGGCGCGCUACGGCACGCAGCCCGACGUGCGCGCCGUCAACAAGGUGGCAAUCAAGCAGCCCAACGGCGCCGGCACGCCCGGCUCGCCGCUGUCGCGCGCCAACACGAUGCCGCUGCGCCGCGAGUCGACGAGCUCGAUGGCGUCGCACUCGACGGCCGACGGCGGCGGCGCCAGCGUCAACCCCGGCGAGCCGUUUAUCGUCGAGGUCGAGGACGGCAGGCAGGUGCGCGUGCUCCACAUUGAAGAUAUCAGCGAGGUGCCCUCGGCCGAGGAGCAGGCUACUAAAAAGGACGAGCAGGAACGUCGCCAGCAGCAGCAGCAGCAGCAGCAGCACGAGGGCGACGAAGGCGACGAGGAUGGAGAGACGAAGCCGUUGCUCGGCGGCGGUAACGGCAGCAGCGGUGGCAACGGCAACGGUGGCAAGGGGAAUAAAGGCGGCAAGGGCAAGCGGCGCGGGAAGAAGUAG